AUGGCCCGGACGCCUCCGGCCUCUGGUCACUGCGGCGGAGGGCGGAGGACGGGGGACGGUUUCCUAGAGGCGUUCUUUCCCCGGCGACAAAGGAGUGGUGUAUCUCCAGGGGUCCGGAGGCCCCUAAGCCUGGUCUUGGGGUCAGGAGGUCAAGCCUUAGGCAGCACAACUACCUUUCAGGCCCUUUACUUGUCUUCCUCGCAGAGGUGCAUAUUAAACUAUGUCCGUUUAGUUCUGGCCGGGCUGGCGAGGGGAGGUCGACCGCGGGGGAGACUCUGCCCAGGGGUUGGGGGCGGCUCCAGGGCCGCGUCGAGGGGCCUGCCGUCGGUCCGGGGAAACUUUUCCGCCUUCCUGGCCCCGACUGUUUUCCCACCCCAGGCUGCCCCCCGCCCUCUUGACUUCGCUUGUCUUUCCCACUCGCUGUCCACCGCGAGAAGGCAGGUUCCCCGGCCUCUCCUCCGAGACCCACUCCCCCGAAGUGGCGCGCGGGGAACGGGCAGGCCCUCGGAGCACCGCGCGGGGCAGCGCUCGCCGGUGGCUAGCGGGCGGCCCGGGCCCGGGAGGGCGCCCGCGGGGAACAGCGUGGAGGCUUCUGGGCCGCGUGGGGCACGGCGGCCCGGCCCGGGCUCCACUCGCCAGCGGCGGGAAGGACGAGCGGGAAAGCGAGGGAGCAGGAAGCGGGUGGCGGCGGCGGCGGCGGCGGCGGCGGGCCCGCUGGAAAGGAGGGAGCGCCGCAGGCGGGAGGGGGAGCGCGGAGGAGGGAGGCCGGGAGGAAGGAGGGAGCGCGGCAGGCAGGCGGAGGGAGGGCUGAUUAGCAUGCAGCAGCGCUCGCGCGCCCGGCUCCAUUGUUUUAACACCUCCCCUCUCCUCCGCGCCAAUCUGUCACCGUUCAGCAGGCGAACGCUGCUGCCUCAAAUGCUGCUCUUCUCAAAUGAGACGGAUAAUUAG